GGUCUGUCGCUGUUUGUGACGAAGCUGGCACUGCCGGCGCUGCUGUUCUCGGGCAUGGCGUCGCUCGACUUCUCCAAGGUCAACUGGUCCUUCCUCCUCGCCGUCACCAUCGGCAAAACCGCCGUCUUCUUCCUCGCCCUCGGCAUAACGAUGCUGCUGGACAUUGGGAAGCCGCAGGUGGUGGGCACGGGAGCAGUGAACGGCAUCUUCGUGUCCCAGUCCAACGACUUUGCUCUCGGCCUCCCCAUCUUCCAACAGCCCAUAUUCGGCGCCCUUCACCCCGAGUACAUCGGAUACCUGUACCUCGUGGCGCCCAUCUCGCUCAUCUUCCUCAACCCCCUCGGAUUCCUUCUCAUGGAGUCGGACCGAAAGGGCGGACCAGACGGGGAGGAGGGGGAGGAAGAGGAGGACGAGGACGGGGAGGAGAGGGUAGGAGGGCGUGGUGUGCGGGAUGGGAGGGAGGGGGAGGGGGAUCCCUGGGAGUGCUGUGACUUGGUGCCUGAAGGGGAAGAGGCUGCGCUGAUGGCUCUUGAAGAGGAGAAGCAGAGGGAUGGGGAGCCGGGGGGAGAGAGGGGCGGAAAAGGGGCUGUGCGUGAGAAAGGGAAGGAGGAGGGGAGACAGAGGAGGGGAAAGGAAGCUGUGGGUGAGAAGGGAGAGGACGAUGGGGGAGGGGAGAGUGUAGAAACGUCCUCACUCUCCCAUCCGCCAACCACCACCGUCUCCCUCGCCCCUUCCCCCUCCACAUCCCUCGCCCCUGUACACGCCUCGCUUGCCCCAUCGCCACUCUCCCGCGUGCUGCCUUCGCCCCUUGGCCCCCCGUCUCCUGUUGCCGCUGCUACUGGGCCUGGAAUGAGCGAUGGUGCAGGGGCGACCGCUGGUGGCGCCGGCGUGAGCGGUGGUGGGGAUGGGGGAGGAGGAGGGGCAGUGGAUUUGCCGCAAGGGUGGACGAGGAGAGCGUAUACAGGGAAGCUUGCGGCUGGCGGCGGGGGUGGGAAGUUGGUGGGGGCGCGGAGUGGGAAGCGGAAGGGGAGGGGAGGAGCGCGGAGCCACAUGCGCAUGUGGAAGGUGCUGUAUGGGGUGUUUGCAUCGCCCGUGGUCUUCAUGGUGCCCCUGGGUCUAGCUGCCAAUUAUCUGUUCAGCCAUGACAUCCCCCCGUUGCUCUCAGGCCCUUUUGAGUCGUUCGGAGCGGCCUUCUCACCGCUAUCACUCUUCAUCCUCGGCAUGUCAAUGGCGGACGAGACAGAGAAGGCAUCAGACGAGCAGACUCGCCUGGGCCCUCUCCUCCUCUCGCUCGCCCUCGUGGCCGGCAAAUGCCUCGUGCUGCCGCUGCUCAUCCUGCUGCUCCUCGCCUCCUUCCAGGCGGACGAUACAUCGCUGUCUCUAGCAGGGCUCAUAUACGGCAGUCUACCUGUCAUGCCAGCCACAUUCUUCUUUGCCUGUGAAUACGGUCUGUGCCAGUCGUACAUAGGCAUGGCAACGGUGCUGGGCACGUUUCUGUUUGGUCCGCUCGUGUACGUGCUCACACAGCUGGCGUUCCUCGUCAUGAACCACUAUGAGCAGCUCUUGGAACAGGUGGAGUCGUCAUCGCGGAGCAUGGCGUUAGUAGGCGGCAUCUGCGCCCUCUGGACCCUCCUCGCCCUCCUCCGCCUCCUCCUCUCCUGCCGCCCCGCCCCCCCCGCCUUCCCCCGUGCCACCACCACCACCGCCGCACAGGCAGCAGCAGAGAGUGGCGUGCCGGCUGGUGCAGGCACAGCGAUAGAAGGGAGUGGUACUGAGGGUACCGGUGCUGCUGCAGCAGCAGCAGGCGCUGCUGAGGGAGGGAGGGGAGGGAGCAAGCAGGACCCGUAUGAGCUGCACCGUGUGACCUCAGCCAGCGUCGCCUCCCUCCUCUGCCGCACGCCGCUCCCACCACUCCCCUCGCUCCUGCGCUACGUCUUUCACACCACGGGCCACCUCGCUUCGGCAGUCUUCACCGCCCUCCUCGCUCUCUCCGAGCUGCUCUGCUCUGCGCUCGGCCCCUCCCUCGUGCACCGCCUGCGUUUCUACCUCGUCUUCUCCGGCUGGGUGCUGGCUGCGCUGCCUGUGGUGCUGCCGCUGGUGUUGUCCCCGGGCUGGCCUGACAUCCCUGCGCUCUGCCCCACGGACCUGUGA